UAAAAACAUGCGGCGACGUAAUGAGAGCAUUCAGUAGCCUUCGCGCAGUCCACUACAGAAGUGCACGAUGAGAGUUCUGAUCCUAGCCGCCGCCUUCCUCGCCUCCGCCGCAGCCGUUCCCUCGGGAGCCCUGCUGGCCGGACACUACAGCCACGGACUCGUGGCUCACGGAGUCGUGGCCCACGGGCUCGCCCCCGCCGCCCCCACCAUCUCCCCCGGAGACCUCCACGGCGCCGCCAUCGACGCUCACGUUGAGGCCUCCGACCACGUCCGCGCCGCUGCCGACGCCGCCCGUGAAUAUCACGACCAGGCCGCCGAGAUCCACGGCCAAGCCGUCAACGCAGCCGAAGACCACUCCUGGCAGGCGGUCGACGCUGUCAAGACCGUCGAGGCACAGCUGGACGGUGCCGCCGCCGGAGCCGCCCCCGUUCUCGCCAAGCAACUCGCUGGUCACGUAGCCGCCCCCGUGGUCGCCCACGCUGCCUAUGGCGUCGCUCCCGUUGUUGCCCACGCUGGAUACGCUGCCCCAGUAGCUUAUGGUGCUCCAGUGCUCGGACAUGCCGCGUACGCUUCCGCCCUCGCCGCCAGCAAGACGGUGGUCUCCCAGUCUCUGACCCAAUCCCAUCCCGCCCAGAUCGCUCCUCUGGUCGCCUACGCCGGCCACGGUCUCGGCUAUGCUCACGGACUCACCCACGGACUCGCUCACGGAUGGUAAUCUGUGAUACAAACCAAAUCACCUAAUACCCAUCUAGUUGUUGGAAUUGUAA